CGGGGGCGGGGGGAAGGGGCGGGGCGGAGGCGCGGGCCGCGAGGAGGGCUAACGAGACCCAGGCCCAGAGCGAGGGUCGCGCCGGGGGGAGAGCAGGACUUUGGGAAGAGCCGCUUUCCGCCCCCUCUCCUCCGGCUUCGUUCCAACCCCCUCCAGACCCAAAUGUCACUCUCCUUGCCACUGUCCCCCUGAAAGAAAGGACGACCACCAGGGGUGGUUUCAGCAAUGGCCCCAUCCUCUCUGGUUCCUGGCUCAGCAAUGCAGCUGAGCUGGGCUGGAACCACCCACCCGGAGCUCCCACAGCAGCCUCAGAGCCCCUGGCAACCACCAUUCCAUUUUCUGUUUCUGAUGCCCUGGAAGCCCAGCUAGGGCCGGUCUUUGGCCUCAUGCGUCUUACCCGCUGCCAGGCUGCCCUGGCAGCCGCCAUCACACUCAACCUCCUGGUCCUCUUCUAUGUCUCGUGGCUGCAGCACCAGCCCAGGAACUCCCGGGCCCGGGGUCCCCGCCGUGGAACUGCUGGCGGCCCCCGUGUCACCGUCCUGGUGCGGGAGUUCGAGGCCUUUGACAACGCGGUGCCUGAGCUGGUGGACUCCUUCCUGCAGCAGGACGCAGCCCAGCCGGUGGUGGUGGCCGCGGACACGCUCCCCUACCCGCCCCUGGCGCUGCCCCGCGUUCCCAACGUCCGCCUGGCGCUGCUCCAGCCCGCCCUGGACCGGCCCGUCGCGGCCUCGCGCCCCGAGACCUACGUGGCCACUGAGUUCGUGGCUCUGGUGCCCGACGGGGCGAGAGCCGACACACCGGGCCAGCUGGAGCGCAUGGUGGAGGUGCUCCGGGCGGGAGGGGCACGCCUGGUGGCCGCCCCCGUCGCCUCGGCCAACCCUGCCCGGUGCCUGGCCCUGAACGUCAGCCUGCGGGAGUGGACGGCCCGCUACGGCCCGGCCCCCUCCGCGCUCCGCUGCGAUGCCCUGGACGGAGACGCCGUGGUGCUCCUGCGCGCCCGCGACCUCUUCAACCUGUCGGCGCCCCUAGCCCGGCCCAUGGGCACCGGCCUCUUCCUGCAGACGGCCCUGCGCGGCUGGGCGGUGCAGCUGCUGGACCUGCCCUUCGGCGCGGCGCGCCAGCCCCCCCUGGCCACGGCCCACGCGCGCUGGAAGGCAGAGCGCGAGGGGCGCGCGCGGCGGGCGGCACUGCUGCGCGCGCUGGGCAUCCGCCUGGUGAGCGGGGAAGGCGGGCGCCUCGAGUGGUUCGGGUGCAACAAGGAGACCCCGCGCUGCUUCGGGACGGUGGUGGGCGACACGCCGGCCUACCUCUACGAGGAGCGCUGGACGCCCCCGUGCUGCCUGCGCGCGCUGCGCGAGACCGCCCGCUACGUGGUGGGCGUGCUGGAGGCGGCGGGCGUGCGCUACUGGCUGGAGGGCGGCUCGCUGCUCGGGGCCGCCCGCCACGGGGACAUCAUCCCAUGGGACUACGACGUGGACCUGGGGAUCUACCUGGAGGACGUGGGCAACUGCGAGCAGCUGCGGGGCGCCGAGGCCGGCUCGGUGGUGGACGAGCGCGGCUUCGUGUGGGAGAAGGCCGUGGAGGGCGACUUCUUCCGCGUGCAGUACAGCGAGAGCAACCAUCUGCACGUGGACCUGUGGCCUUUCUACCCCCGCAACGGGGUCAUGACCAAGGACACGUGGCUGGACCACCGGCAGGAUGUCGAGUUCCCCGAGCACUUCUUGCAGCCUCUCGUGCCCUUGUCCUUUGCUGGCUUCGUGGCGCAGGCGCCUAACAACUACCGUCGCUUCCUGGAGCUCAAGUUCGGCCCCGGGGUCAUCGAGAACCCCGAGUACCCCAACCCGUCGCUCCUGAGUUUGGCAGGAAGUGGCUGAGGCUCCAGGGCCCCGCUCCUGGGGUCUGGAAAACACUCAUGCUCGGGGAGCGGUCCUUUGCUUUGGUGCCGCUGGCAUUCGAUGGGCGGGCCGGGGAUGCCAAGCUGCCCUGCGAGGCCCAGCAAGGUCCUGGACGUCGAAGACGUGCCAUGCCCAAGAUUCCCAAGAACUUGGGUUUGAUUUAGAGCACGGACAGUUUUGUAAAGAGGAGAAGGUGUACGUGCUGCGGCCGGACUGCCGGAUUAAAACCCCAGUUCUACCACUUACAGGUUACUCGGGCCUGAGGGAGAGCCCCAAUUUCAAGGUGCGUGGGACCCCCCCCAGGAACCGCUGCUCGCCCUUGCAGUGUCAGAUCACAAAGAGCCCACAGGACAUUUGGUUGCUCGGGUUGCUUCCGCCACUAGAGGGCGCCUUCGUCCCGCUUUGGCGGGACCUCAGCGCCCAUAGCUUUUCCUAACUCUUGAGCCUUUGGUUUCUCUAAUCCCCUGUACCUGGCGGGACAGGAUGACUAUAUCCCUUCUUCCAGAGUGCGACCUCCUUGCCUCCUGGGAGAGCCCUGUGAGGUGCAUGCUGCUCUAAACUCCAUCUUACAGAGGAGGAGAAAGAAGCUCAGCCCUGAGCUGCAGCUCUGGCUAGGAACCGGGUCCUGGAUGCCCGACCCACUACUCCCUAUAACUGUGUUACCUCAUUGUUUUAGCUCUCUGCACCCAGUAGCCCACUUGCCAGGCGGGAUAAAUGGUAAUCAUAACGCACGUUACUCAGCACCAUAUGGUGUGCCAGGCACUUUCUCAGUGUUCCACACAGAUUAACUGGUUGAUCAUAUUUCCAUUUUACAGAUGAGCAAACUGAGACCAGAAUGGUAGUCAUUUGCCCAAGGCCAGACAGCUUAGGAAGUGACAGAGCAGGGACCUGAACCCAAGCAGUCUGGAGCCCACACUAAGUUGGAUACUAUACAGGUGUCUCAGAAUGGUCUGUGAGACUGGGCCCCAGGAGGCCAUACUACCUAGCAGAUGAAGCCAUGAUGGCCUGUCUUUUGUGAUCAUGCACCUAAGGCUAAAUGCUCUUUGGGCAAGUAUCCUGAAUAUGUGUAUUUACUUAUAAAUUAUAUACAGGUACUGCUAUCAUUCUAUAGAUUAGUAAUGAGGCCUAAAUUAUUCCAUUUUAAAAUUUAAAAUAAAUAUGGACAUUUUUUACUUGGCUCAUCUCAGUGACUUGUCCCACACACCCCCUGGUUGUGGACACCCUAGCUUUUGGAACCACAGGCUCUGAGGUGGGAGAGGCCUGGGGUCAAAACCCAGUGCUACCACUUUCUCUCAGUGAAAACUGAGAGGCAGUGACUCUGCCUCUCUGAACCUCAGCUUUGCACUGGGAAAUGGGGAUAAUGAGCGUUUACCCCAUAGGGAUGCCGUGAGUCACUUGAGUGGUAAAAGGGUCAGGAAUCAAGCCUGGGUUUGACUCCUGAAAUGGCCACUUAUUUUGUGUGAUCUUAGGCAAGUCACUGCCUCUUCAAACCUAUAGCUUGGGCUGGGGGGGUGGGUGAUAUUGCAGAAAUGUGAAGCCCUUGGAGGAGGAGGCUUUCCAGACCAGCAGGAGAAGAUGAAUGCAAAUUUGGCCCAAGCUCCUGAGGCUCACUUCCAAAGGCCAACUUCUUAGGACACAACCUCUGUUUUUAGCCACUGAACCCCGCAAAUGGCUCCCAGGGACUGUUGGGUUUCCAUGGAGCAUUCUGGAAACAUAUGGAGAUGAUUUGGGUUAUCACUGUGACCGGGAGAUGCUUUUGGCUCUUGGGAGGCAUAGCCCAGGGAUGGAGAUGUCCUAAUAAGCAAGGCAUCUCCACACACUAAAGCAUUGUCCCUUGUCACAUACAGUUUUAAAAUGUCCCAUUGGACAUUCAUGAAGGAUGUUGAUAUUCAAAAUAUUUUGCAACUGGCACGGUGAUAGAAAUUAAUAUAUACGUCAAUAUAUGCAUCAAAACGUUUAAAUAUGUCUUUUUUUAUUCUCUAAAGAAUGGAAACGAUCUCUCUCUAUAUAUAUAUUUCUUUAAAUUGUUUGCCAAGAACAUAAGCUGAUGCUCAAAUCAUUCUGAAAUCAUGCGAUCAUUUUGUUUUAUUUAGAAAUUGUUGGUGUGGUUUCUUCAUUGAUAUGCUAUAUAUAUAUAUAUAUAUAUAUAUAUAUACACACACAUAUAUUCAUUUAAUUACUUUAUUUAUUAUAUAAAAUAUAUAUAAAAAUAA